UACACUCCAAGUUUUUGCCCAGUCACAAGGUUUACUUUUACGCUUUAACCCAAAUAAUAAAAUAUUCUUCCCAGAAUAAACUCCAAGUUUGUACAGUUUAGUUAUUUGAAAUGGUGGUGAGGCAAUUUUUAGACUGGUUUUGGAAUCCGGAUGUCUGGUUGCCACCCGGUUUUGACUGGAAGGACAUCGUCCCCACGGAAGAGGUUAAGUAUGCUGUCCCCUACGAUCUUUUGUACGCCAUUCCGAUCGGAAUUGGAAUGGUUUUUGUGAGAUAUUUCCUAGAGAGGACUCUCUUCUAUCCACUGGGACACCUGCUUGGGAUUAAAGAACAAAAAAAGCUUCGCAUCCUUCCAGCCAAUCCCACUCUGGAGAAAGCUUUCACCGGAAAAGGGAAGAAAGCUAAAUUAUUUACCCACAAGGAGCUUGAAGAGCUCGGAAAAAAGACGGAUUUGCAAGUUCGGCAAGUCGAAAGAUGGAUGAGACGAAGGGCAGCGCAAGGAAAACCAACCACGCUGGCUAAAUUUAGCGAAUCCUGUUGGAGAUUUCUUUGCUAUCUAAUCUCAUUUUUAAUUGGAGUUUACGUCCUGUGGGAUAAACCUUGGUUGUGGGAUAUUCUUCAUUGUUGGUAUGACUACCCGCAUCAUAGUGUCACGACCGACAUUUGGUGGUAUUACGUCUAUGGGUCAAGUUUCUAUUGGAGUUUGCUCAUCACUUUGGCGUACGACGCGAAGCGGAAGGAUUUCUGGGAAAUGUCGCUCCACCACGUGGCCACCCUUUGUCUCCUCGCAUUCUCCUGGACGUGUAACUUGACCCGCGUGGGAACCCUGGUCCUCCUCCUGCACGAUUUUGUCGAACCUUGGCUCGAGGGCUCUAAAUUAUGCAAGUAUUCUAAACACAACGGAAUCGGGGAUGUUGUCUCAAUCAUGUUUAUUCUUGCUUGGAUUGCGACAAGGAUUACGCUAUUUCCUAUGCACAUCAUUAACAGCACGCUAUUCGAGGCACCCAAAAUAAUCCCAAUGUUUUCCGCGUACUACAUAUUCAACGGGAUGCUAAUCUUGCUCUUCUGCCUGCACGUGUUUUGGACUUAUUUCAUCGCCAUCUAUGUUUACAACGCGUUGUCCAUGAACGCCACGGAACUGAAGGACACGAGAAGUUCGAGCGAAUAUGUGACCGAGCCCAGUGAAGAGGAAGAAGGGAGCGAAUUUGACGGGAAACAUAGUGGCCGUUCCACCCCAAAAGGGGGAAUUACCAGGAGAGGGCUGUUCUACGAAAAGAAACAAUUUACUUAAGUUUUUAGAAAAUAUGACUAAAUUUAUUAAAUAUUUAUUUAGUUGCUAUACUUGUGAAAUUUUGGAUUUAAAUAAAUAGUUAAAUAGUUUACUUAUUUAUGACCGAAACAAUUUGCAAUUAAACUCAAGUAACUUUUACACUUA